AUGGCUCAUAUGAAUUUCCCUUCUCUUUUUGUGUCUUGGGUUCGUGCCUGUGUCACCACUGCCAUGUUUUCUAUCAAGGUUAAUUGGGCUUCUUGUGGUUAUUUUAAAGGGGCAAAGGGCAUCCAUCAAGGGGACUCUAUGUCUCCUUAUCUAUUCACAAUUGGCGCCAUGCAUGUUUUCUCAUGUAUUCUAAAUGAUUCUCCCCCAUUAUUCAAAUUUCAUUGGAGAUGUAAGGAGCUACGCUUAACGCACCUAUUUUUUGCCGAUGAUGUGCUGUUAUUUUCACAUGGUGAUGUUGAUUCUAUUUCUCAUCUGAUGAGCAGCUUGGAAAGGUUUGGAAACUUAAGUGGCCUCACUGCUAGCAUUAACAAAAGCACCAGUUUCUUUUGCAACUGUGAGACGGAGACUAUUGAAUGGUUCGAUCUUAAUUAUUCCAUGCCUAGGGGUCUGCUGCCUGUCAAGUUUCUUGGAGUGCCACUUAUUUCUUCGAAGUUAUGCAUAAAUGAUUGCGGUGCAAAGGUUUCUUGGGUGAAUUUAUGUCUUCCAAAAGAGGAAGGAGGUCUGGGUUUGAAAAAAUCGGAGGAGUGGAAUUAUGCUCAAAUUAUUUUACAUUUAUGGUCAGUUGUUAUUCAGAAGGGCUCUUUGUGGUCUAACUGGGUGAUUAACAGUGUCCUUAGGGGGCGCAAUUUCUGGGUAGUUCCUAUCCCUACGGACUGUUCAUGGAUUUGGCGAAAAGUUUUAAAGCUUCGAACUUUGGCUAAACGAUUUAUUCUCUACAAGCUGGGCAAUGGUAUUAGCACUUCUCUUUGGUUUGAUCCUUGGUGGAAACAUAAUUGUCUUGCUACAUAUUUGACUGAUCCUAUUAUAAGGGCUGCUGGUUCCACUCCGAAUGCAACUGUUUUCACUAUUAUUUGCUUUGGGGAAUGGCGUCUGCCCAGGGGGAACUCACAGCAUCACCACUCUAAUCAUGCUUUGGCUACAUGGCUGCGUGAUUUUGAUUACCCUUUAUUUGAUUUAGACCAAGAUGAUCAGAUAAGUUGGGAGGGUGUUAAACCAAACCAUGUCACCACUCGAGUUAUAUGGGAUUCAAUUCGCAUCAGGGGUGAGAGUUGCACCUGGUCUGCUGGGGUCUGGUGUAAGUUAAAAAUCACUAGAUUUUGUUUCCUGUCUUGGCUGUUGUGUCUUGAUAAGGUGGUUACUAGAUCUGUUUUGUAUGAUCGUCAUGUCAUUUCUGAUAACAGCUGCAUUUUUAUUGUUGGAGGGCUUGAAACAGCUCAUCACCUUUUUAUUAACUGCCCGUAUGCUAGACUUGUUCACCGGGUUUAUUUGAGCGAGACUCACGGGAUUACUAUGGAUUAUUCUAUGGAUUGGAAGGGCUGGGUUCUUUAUUUUUUGGCUAUAGCUGAUGCACCUCAGAGGCAGAUUUUGCUUUUAUAUCUACAAGUUUUUUCUUAUCAUCUAUGGAGGGAACGUAAUGCAAGGCUUCAUGGGGGCGGCAGUUUUGGUCCAAGGAAAUUGCUAACAGGAAUCAUGGUUGAUAUGCGUGGCAGGGCUGCAGCUUCUACUUGGUUAUCUAGACUCAUUUCUAGUAGGCCUAUUAUAUGUACAUGGUUAAUUUGA